AUGUAUUGGAAAUUUCUCUUGGUAUUAAUCUUCUCCUCUGCAUCUGAGUCAUACGUGAACAACUUUCCAAGUUUUGGGAACAGAAAGAAUGUUGCUAGCCUGAGGCAACCUGUAAAUUAUGUCACACUCCAGUCAACUGAGCCCAUUGUUGCGGUUCAUGCUCCUAAGUCGUCAAGAGGAUUCCAUAACUAUGCGGAAAUCUGCAUCAAUCAAGGGUACGGCCUGAAGAAUGGAUGGAACAGAUCUCCAAGAAAAAACACUUGGCGGCCAAGUUCUUCAAUGCGCAUGUCUGCAGAUGGAAUGGGCAAUCAGGAGGGAUUGCGCGUCUUCUUCAGCAACCUCCCAGAGGCAGCAAGGGAGGAGAAGCUGCAGGAGCUGGUGAAGCCUUUCAGUGGAGUGAAGGAAGUCAAGCUAAUCAAGCCCGGCAUGGGGUAUGUCGUAAUCGAAUCACCAGAGGCUGCAGACAUUGUGAUCGACAAGCUGAAUGGGGUCAAGGUCAACGGGAAAGCGAUUAGCGUUCGACACGCAAGGAGCUAUUUCAUCCAGAAGCAGAACGAUGCAAGGAUGCAGGUGGUUCAGAACCAAAGGCAGCGGAUGGAAAGCUCCAAGGCCCUUGAAGAGGAGCACGCGCGGAGGAUGAGAGAGCAGCGCAUCGCCAACAACUCCCCCGAGACGCAGCGGAGGAAACGAGCGGAAAUCUUGGAAGAGAUGAGAGCUGAAGGAUGGUAUGCUGAUCAGAAUCCGUAUGUGUCAAGGGCUCCUGCAGGGCAGGUGAAGCGAGUACCUCAGAGUACUGGAAGGAGAAAGCCAACGCAAGCAAGCAUGGAUCCGACAGAGUUGUCGGAGGAAUGGAAUGAAGCUCUUGAAGAAGAGAGAAGGAUACGAAACCAGGCUGUGCUUGAUGUGAUGAAACAGGAGGAGAAGAAGAGGAAUCCCUCUCGCGUCUCUGAUAACAGACGAAAGAAGUCUGAAGAACAAGAUCUGUCGACAGAAGACAUGGCUAAACUCGUGCAUGAUCGGAUGCAACAGAUCAAGAAGACAGAAAAAUCAUCUUUUGCGCAGGACUACGAUGAAGAGGAUGAAGAAUAUAUGGUUGACCGUUAUGAUAACAGACGGGGACGAGGUAGUUACGAAGCUCCAAGUGCACGGGAGCGUUAUGGCGUACGAGGCAACGCAUGGGAUGGCGACGAUGAGGACGAAGAGGACGAAGAUGACAUUUGGUCCGAGUUUGACGAAGUGAAUCGAGAGUACGAGGAGGAGGAGGAAGACCAUGAUGUUGAUAAUCCGGUCUGGAAGGAGCGAGCGAGAGAGCGCUGGAACGAAUGGAAAGAUGAACAAGGGGACGCGAUCGAGGCUCUUUUCGACGAUGACUUCGAUCAAGGCGAUUCAUUGAUCCCAUCAAAGGCGAAGCCAGGUUUCAGGCCGCCCCGUCCUGUCGAGACAAAGCGAAAAUCCCCUCUCCCUCCUCCUCAGCCAACGGAGGCCACGCCCCUCACCCCGGAGAUCGCUUCUAUCCUCAACAUGGAUGACGAUGAGUUCGAUGCUCUCUUCUCCAAGGGAGGAGCACGAACUCCGGCUGAGGCGGGAGCAGCACCGAUGCGGGGGAUGCCAGAUGAGCCCCUACGAUCACCGAAAUCAGGAUAUGAUGCAUUGGACGAUCCCAAGGGUGCUGCAGGUUCUGCCGCUAAUAAGAAGCUUUCAAGCGAAGAUGACAUGUAUGGAUCGCCGAGCUUGGAUAAGAUCUUGAAUAUGGAUGAUGAUGAGUUUGAAAAGCUCUUCAAGUCGGACAACUUCAUGAACGAUCGCCUUGAGGAGAUUGAUGAUGUUUGGGAGAACGCGGAGAGACAAGCAAAGAAAGCAGCAGACAAAGAGGUGGAGGAUUUUGUCCUCCAAACAGUUGGAAAACGUACAGAUGGCAACAGCGGGAAGGCAUCCAGAGAAAUCAUGACGGAAGAUUCGGCAGAGGAGAAGGAGGAGGAGGAGGAGGAGGAGGAGGAGGAGGAGGAAAGGCCGGUCUUGUCCACCAGUUUUGGACCCCUGAAACGACAGGAAGAGGAGGCACGACUCGCUUUGGAUGAGGCAGCCAAGCACCUGCUGGAGGGAAACAUGACUGCUUACGAGCAGAGCGUCUCUCGGAUUGAAGGGUCGAAGCUGAAGAGGCGACUUGGAGGAAAUCUUACCCCCGGAGUGAGCAAGGAAAAGGAAGAGGAGGAGGAGGAGGUGACGUUCGGUGAGAGGGAGGCGUUCUUGGAUGCAGCAAUGUACGGGUGGGGGACGCUCGGGGAAGGAACUGAGCCCGUGUUGUACGACGAGCUGCUGCAAGCAGUGUCGGAGGACAACGACGGGGAGGAGGAAGCAAACAAGGCAGACGAUCAGAAAGCAAUCGAGGAUGCCAUGGGGAACAGCAAGGGAAGUCCAUCGGAUGGGCAAGGAGGGGAUGAGACCUCGAUUGGGGAGGAGGAGAAGGAGCUGGUGCAGGAGAGCCCUAUGCUCGAGUUGAAGAGGGACAGGAGGGAGAAGAAUGCAAACGUGCUGAAGGACAUGUUUCACUCCCUUGAGGAGGUUGGGCAAGAAGUUAAAGUUGGUGCUGCUGCAGCCGAGGGCGGCGAGCUGAUGAGGAGCCCGGUUCCAGCUGGGGUGUACAAGGUCCUAACGGAGAACGUAACCUCCCUUUCGCCGCUGGAUCAAGCAGGCGGAGUCGCGGGAGAAGUAGCAGGAGUGGGAGGCAAGUGCAUUGAAGCAGGAGAGAAAGAGGCAGAGGUGAUGACGUUCAACGCUCUCCUCAGUGUCCUGCAGCGCAAGAUGGACUUGAAGCUCGAGACGCUCAUGUCGUCCAUCGACGCGCAGGCCAUGGCGGCGAGGAAGGAGAUGAUCCUCGCUCAACUGACCCCUGAGGCCGUCGCUCUAACCGCCCUCAUUGACGUGAUGGAGGAGAAGGGCGAGGGGUCCUAG